AUGGACAAGAGUUGGAUGAAUAAGUCAAGAUUGAGUCAAGAAUAUGUGGAUGGACUUGAACGAUUUCUUGAUUUUGCAUUUAAUAAUUCAAGCAGCGAUAACAAGAUUGAUAUACCUGUUGGUUCUUCCAUGGAGAAAAUGUUCCUUUAUCGAGAACUUCUUCUAGAAACACUCCUUCAUCUAGUUCUACUAGUCAUCCUACGAGAAACAACACAUCCACCAGAUAAGAUGGAGUUCAAGGACGAGGUUGAUCCCUUCACGGAGAAGUUCAAGGAAGAGUUCAAGCUCGUGUGCGAGCGCCAGCAGUGCAUCCUCCAUGACCUCCUCCUUCACAAGCAAGAUCUAGAUCAGAAACUCUACGAAGUCAAGGCUUGGAGGAAGGUCUGGAACAUUGUUUACUCUGCUGUCUUUGCUGCCAUUUUGAUCUCCUCCAUUGUGCUCGCUGCUGUCGCUGCGCCACCGGCGGUGACGGCCGCUGCCGCCGCAGCUUCUGAGGAGAGGAAGAUCAUUGAUUCACUGGAGAAGGAGACCUCAUUCGCCAUUAAUGAGCUGAAUGGCAUUAGAUCUCUUGUUGAUAGUUUGGAGGGGAAGAUUAGGACUAUGAUUCACAGAAUUGAGUUUACCAUUGAUGGGAAAGAGGAACAAGAUCGAGCUGACAGUCGCCAUGAUUGA